AUGCUCCCAUCGAUCGCUUUCGUGUUCACGCUCGCGGCAUCCGCUGUCGCAGCUCCAACGACGCUGGCGCCUCGGGCUGGACGUACAAGUCCUCCUUCUGGAUGUCUGGCUGUGGGUGGUAGCGGAAAGUACAAAACUGUUCAGUCCGCCGUUGAUGCUUUGAGCGCUUCCAGUACGGCUGCACAAUGCAUUUUCAUCGCGAAGGGCACAUACAAGGAGCAAGUCUACAUCAAGCCGCUCAAGUCGGCUCUGACGGUUUACGGCGAAACGACAGACACUAGCAGUUACACCGGCAACACCGUGACCAUCACCCAGGGCAAAAGUCAAGAUGACGCCCCCAACAACGACGAAACUGCUACUCUCCGCGCCUGGACACCAAACCUAAAGGUCUACAACAUCAACCUGGUCAACACACGCGGACAGGGCUCGCAAGCUCUCGCCCUUAGUGCUUAUGCUGAUAAGCAAGGCUACUACGGAUGCCAGUUCAAGGGUUACCAAGACACCAUCCUCGCCCAGCAGGGUAGCCAGGUCUAUGCCAAAUCCUACAUCGAAGGAGCGACUGAUUUCAUCUUCGGCCAGAAGGCCAUAGCAUGGUUUGAUGGUUGCUCUCUGGGCGUUCUCACAGCGUCGGUGGGUUACAUUACUGCCAACGGUCGCGAUUCAGAUUCCAAUCCCUCAUACUAUGUCAUCAACAACUCGAAGAUCGCCGCUGCUCCUGGUAACACGGUGAGCGCGGGUGCUUACUACCUCGGCCGUCCUUGGAGGAAUUUCUCUCGUGUUGUGUUCCAGAAGACUAGCAUGACUAAUGUCAUCAAUGCCGCGGGAUGGAAAGUUUGGAAUACCGAUGACCCCAGGACUGACAAGGUCACAUAUGCCGAGUACGCAAACACCGGUGAUGGAUCCAAGGGUACCAGGGCGUCCUUCUCAAAGAAGCUCUCGGCUGCCGUUAGCCCUUCCACUGUUCUGGGCAGCGACUACAAGAGCUGGGUUGAUGCAGCUUACCUUUCCUAG